AUGAGCAGACACGUCCUCAUCCUCGGCGGCCACGGCAAGGUCUCGCAGCUCCUCACCCCGCUGCUCCUCAACAAGUCGUGGACCGUCACGAGCGUCAUCCGCGCCCACGAGCAGGUCCCCGCCGUCGAGAAGCUCGGCGCCGGCCACGCCGGCAAGCUCAACGUGCUCGUACGCAGCAUCGAGGACGUCACCGACCAGUCCAAGGCCCAGGCCAUCCUGGAUGAGGUGAAGCCCGACACCAUCGUAUGGAGCGCCGGUGCCGGUGGAAAGGGAAAUCCCGAACGAACCUUCGCCAUUGACCGCGACGCGGCCAUCCACUUCGUCAAGGCCGCCGUUGCCACCCCCUCCAUCAAGAAGUUCAUCCUCAUCUCCUACCUCGCCUCCCGCAGGACCAGGCCGGCCUGGUGGUCCGACCAGGCCUGGGCCGACGCCCAGGCGGUCAACCAGAAGCUGGCCAACUACUUCAAGGCCAAGGUCGCCGCCGACGAGGUCCUCUGGCGCGAGUCCAGGACGCGCCCUGACUUUGCCGGCGUCAGCCUGCGGCCCGGCACCCUGACCGACGCCCCCGCCGGCCGGGUCGAGCUCGGCAGGACCAAGAGGGCCAAGGGCGAGUCAAGCAGGGAAUCCGUCGCCGAGGUCGCCGCCCUGAUCGCAGAGAACGACGCCUUCGCGACGUCGUGGGUCGACCACUUGGACGGCGAUGAAGAUCCCAAGGCGGCAGUGGACAGGGUCGUCAAGGAAAAGGUGGACGUCGCAGAGGACGAGGAAUUCUACGAGGCUUGA